AUGGAAACUUCAACCACUUUGCCGGAAAAUUCAAACGCCGCUACCGGUGACCGGGUGAAUGAGGAAGGUGAUGGAGAGAUGAGAGUGAAAGCUGAGGAGGGUGACCAGUACUCCGCAGGUAAUAGGUGGCCAAGGCAAGAGACUUUAGCUCUGUUGAAGAUAAGGUCUGAUAUGGAUGUUGCAUUUAAAGACUCUGUUCUUAAAGCUCCUCUUUGGGAAGAGGUUUCAAGGAAAUUGAAUGAGCUUGGGUAUAAAAGAAGUGCCAAGAAAUGCAAGGAGAAGUUUGAGAAUAUUUACAAGUAUCAUAGAAGAACCAAAGAAGGCCGGUCUGGGAGGCCAAAUGGCAAGACGUAUAGGUUUUUCGAACAAUUACAAGCUUUAGAUAACACCAAUGCAUUACUGUCACCUCCAUCAUCAGAUGAAGUUCAUAGUUCUAUGGCUGCAGCCUCGGUAAACCCAGUAAGUUUCAUUCCAAAUACUGUUCCAUGCUCUAUUCAAAGCCCAGGUAUGAAUUUCACCGAUGCCACCUCUACUUCAACUGCAUCCACUUCAAGUGAAGAAUCGGAAGGAACGAGAAAGAAGAAGCAGAAAUUAACUGAUUUUUUCGAGAGGUUGAUGAAGGAGGUGAUUGAGAAGCAAGAGAAUUUGCAAAAUAAGUUUCUAGAAGUAAUAGAGAAAUGUGAGCAGGAAAGGAUAGCAAGAGAAGAAGCGUGGAAGAUGCAAGAAUUGGAUAGGAUUAAGAGAGAAAGGGAGCUUUUAGUUCAAGAAAGAGCAAUUGCGGCUGCAAAAGAUGCAGCUGUGCUUGAUUUCUUACAGAAGUUCUCUGAGCAAAAUAUCUCGGUGCAAUUGCCUGACAAUCCUACCGUUCCAAUGAAAUUUCCUGACAAUCAAACAGUUCCCAUGCAAUUGUCAGUUCCUGUGCAAUUGCCCAAGAACCAAGCAGUUCCAGUGGCGAACGUAGUGAAGAUUCGUGAAAAUAGCAGUAUUGAGAGUUUUGCUAAUAUGAACCCAUCAAGAUGGCCUAAAGAAGAAAUCGAAGCUUUGAUCAGGCUAAGAGCUAAUCUUGAAUUCCAGUAUCAAGAAAAUGGACCAAAAGGGCCGCUGUGGGAGGAGAUAUCAGCAUCGAUGAAAAAGCUCGGUUAUGAUAGGAGUUCAAAGAGGUGCAAAGAGAAAUGGGAGAAUAUGAACAAGUACUUCAAGAGGGUAAAGGAGAGCAAUAAAAAAAGACCCCAGGAUGCAAAAACUUGUCCUUAUUUUCAACAGCUUGAUGCUUUAUACAGAGAGAAGACUAGGAGGGUUGAUAACUCUGGUUAUGAGUUAAAGCCUGAAGAACUUUUAAUGCAUAUCAUGGGUGGCCAAGGAGAUCAACAACAGCCGGAAUCUGCCACAACAGAAGACAGAGAAAGCGAAAAUGUUGAUCAGAAUCAAGAAGACUACAGAGACAAAGAAGGUGGGGAUGGUUAUCGAAUUGUAGCUAAUGAUCCUUCUUCAAUGGAAAUUAUGGAGUGA